GAAAAAUGAACUAAAAAGGAAAAAACAAAAAUUAAAUUCAAUCCCUGGCUUUUUCCAGAAGACAGCAUCGAUUCUGAAGAGAUUCCUUGUGUUUUCAGCUAACUCCCAAGUGACUGGAUCCAUUGCUUCUCAUAUGCUAUUCAUUGUCUCGUUUUAAUUUCUAUAUAUCUUGAAUCCCCAAAUCUCUCGAUUCCUUCUGUUUCUGUAUCCCUAUAUUUUAUUACUAUUUUCAUUUUCUUCUCAGAUCAUCAGAUUCCCAUGAUGAAUUCCCAGAAUCUCCCAUCAAAUGGCAUCAAGGGUACCAAACAAAAUAAUUAAUCUUGGGUUCUUCUCUGUUUCGAUUGAUUGAUUCAAUCUCUCUUCUUUCUCUCUCAUGGCCAAGUGUUUCAGCUUCACAGCUUCGAGGGACUGGUUUUACCGCUACACCUUCACGAACGCUGGCCUCAGAUCGGCAACGACGGACCUGGGCGAUGGCACCAUCAUGCACUGUUGGGUUCCCAAAACACACAAACAGAGCAAACCCACUCUGCUUCUGAUCCAUGGCUUCGGAGCCAACGCAAUGUGGCAAUGGAGCGAUAUCCUCCGACCCUUCAUCACCCGCUUUAACAUCUACGUUCCAGACCUCCUUUUCUUCGGCGAGUCGUUCACUACUCGCCCUGAGCGCACCGAGUCGUUCCAGGCUCAAUGCGUGAUGAAGGUGAUGGAGGCGCACGGGGUGCGCAAGUUAAGCCUCGUUGGGAUCAGCUAUGGUGGGUUCGUUGGGUAUAGCAUGGCUGCUCAAUUCCCUGAUGCGGUGGAGAAAGUGGUGCUAUGCUGCGCUGGGGUUUGCUUGGAGGAGAAGAACCUGAAGGAGGGUCUGUUUGUUCUGUCCAGCUUAGAUGAAGCUACGAGCAUUUUGUUGCCUCAGACGCCUGAGAAGCUGAGGCAGCUCGUCAGGUUCUCCUUCGUCAAGCCUGCUAAGACCAUGCCUUCUUGCUUCCUUCGUGAUUUCAUCGAUGUUAUGUGUACAGAAUAUGUUGAAGAGAAGAGACAAUUGAUUCAAGCCCUAAUCAAAGAUAGAAAACUUUCUGAUCUUCCAAAGAUCACUCAGCCAACUCUAAUAUUAUGGGGAGAGCAAGAUCAAAUAUUCCCAUUGGAAUUGGGGCACAGGCUUAAAAGUCACUUAGGGGGGAAUGCACAACUAGUAGUGAUAAAUAAUGCUGGCCAUGCUUUGAAUAUGGAGAAGCCUAAGGAGUUCUACAAGCACUUGAAAUCCUUCCUUGUUGAUUCUCUUCCUCCUUCCCCUCCUCAAGUUAAUGGAAACAAGGUGAACUAAAGUCUUUUUGUUACAGAGGAUACUGGAGCCAAGGAGAAAUGGUGAUUUUCGAGCUUCUUAGUUUUGGUAGCUGUUUGAAGCUGGAAUUUUUCAGGGCAAAGUAAAGUAAGAUUUGUUUCCCAAUCUGCUUUAGUAUGUCUAUAUGCAGUGCAGUGGAAACCAAGGAAAGAGGAUAUGCUGCUCCUACCACUCGAGAAAUUAGUUAGACACCAACUGGGGGAAGUUUUGCCCUUACAUGCAGAGGCAUAAGAAGGGAUACUUGGAAGAUGGGCACAAAGUGGGAUAUUGCAAUCCAGAUCCAGAAUGUAAAUUGAUGUUAGUGGGAGGAUCAAAACUUGAAGUUAAUUAGGGGAAAAAAAUCCUAUAAUUAGGAGAGAAACGAGUGAGACUGAUUAUUAUACACACUUUAAAUACUUUACCAUUUACUAUUUGCGCUAUAACACGUCAUCAAUUUCAUCCUGUUUGUAUUUAAUACAUUUUGGUGUUCUUAAUACUAUUUAUUAUUUUGGUGUGUUUCUUCCA